CUUGUUGACUGUUCUCUUUUGCUGCUGUCCUCCCUCUAAUACAGUGUAUGUAUGUAUUCCUUACAACAGCUACAGAAUAAUCCCUUUCUCCCUUUAUUGUUCCAGAAGUAUCUCUUUUCCCCUUCCUUGGUUCUUCAGUGCUAUUCUUUCUUUUUGCAUUUGAGUUUUACUAUCGAUCCAAAAGCCCAUCUCUAAAGCCUUGCUAACUAAGAUUAGUCCGAUACUCUGUUUUAAUACUGGGUUGCACAAGCCAUCGGGCAACAGAAAGCGUCCUCUUGAGGCUAGGCCCCUGGUGGCGGCUUUUAUAUCCAAGUAUACCCGGAUAAUCUAACCUAACUAUCCUUUGACAUCCACAUCAACAGCAAUGCCUGGCGCUGACGAGAAAAGACCCCCUUCCUCUGCUUCCACUCCUCCCCUCGAGGAUGUGGAAGGUCAUCAUCAUGCUCCUACGACUCGUGAAGGCAAACCGUGGAUGUACAAGUCUCCCAAAAUUGGGCCCUUGACUCUCCCCUGGUACGCGUCGCCGAUCUCACAGCUUCUCAUCGUCUCGUUUGUCUGCUUCUUGUGCCCUGGAAUGUUCAAUGCUGUCAACGGUCUCGGCGGCGCUGGUCAAGUUGAUCCCAGUGACGUUAACAAAGCCAAUACCGCCUUGUACUCGACCUUUGCCGUUGUCGGUUUCUUCGCCGGCUCCAUCGCCAAUCGACUAGGUCUUCGCACAGCUCUGUUCUUCGGUGGCUUCGGUUACUUCCUUUAUGUAGCAUCGAUUCUUUCCUAUAACCACAACGGAAAUGUCGGCUUUCUUAUCUUUGCCGGUGCUCUCCUCGGUGUCUGCGCUGGUUGCUUGUGGACCGCUCAGGGUGCCAUUAUGAUGAGCUACCCCGAGGAAAAGUCCAAGGGCAAAUUCAUCUCUUGGUUCUGGAUUAUCUUCAACCUGGGUGGUGUUAUUGGAAGCUUGGUCCCCCUUGGCCAAAAUAUUCACAGCAAAGCCAACGCCGUCAACGAUGGGACAUACAUCGCAUUCAUGGUCCUCAUGUUCCUCGGAUUCAUCCUUGCCUUUACCCUGGUGGACCCCAAGUAUGUGCGUCGUGCUGAUGGCUCUCAUGUCAUCCUCAUGAAAAAUCCCUCCUGGAAAUCAGAGCUGCUAGGUCUCCUCGAGGUCGCACGCACUGACUACUACAUCGUCCUCUACUUCCCUAUGUUCAUUGCUAGCAACUGGUUCACCACCUACCAGUUCAACGCUGUCAACCUUGCGAAAUUCAAUAUCCGCACCCGUGCUCUAAAUAAUGUUCUCUACUGGCUCUUCCAGAUGGUUGGCGCCUUUGUUUUUGGCUACUUACUUGAUCUCAAAGUAGUUCGCCGGACAGUCCGUGCUCGCGCCGGGCUUGUUCUGCUCUUUGCUCUAACAAUGGCGGUUUGGGGUGGAGGCUGGGCAUUCCAGAAAGACUAUGACCGAGCGGAUAUCAAUGACCACACUCCCCGCAUGGACUGGCAAGACAAUGGCUAUAUUGGGCCUAUGUUUCUCUAUCUCUUCUAUGGUUUCUAUGAUGCCGCCUUCCAAACCUGCUGCUACUGGUUCAUGGGCUCCCUCACGAACAACGGCCGUAAACUGGCACACUUUGCUGCGUUUUAUAAGGGCAUUCAGUCUGCUGGUGCUGCCAUCACCUGGCGCCUUGACGACUUGCAUAUUUCAUACAAGGUCUACUUCGGUUCUACUUGGGGUCUUUUGGCAGGAUCUCUCGUUGUUGCGGCGCCCGUCAUCUUCUGGAAGAUUAAGGAUACCAUUGAUCUCGAGGAUGACCUCAAAUUCUCCGAUGACACCAUCGAAGAAGUUGCCGCUACACAUGUUUUGGAGGAACGCCACGAGAAAUAGGCAUUUCCCACGAGCGGUUUUAACUUUCCCAUUUUACAACUUGUUCUUAAUUCAAGGUGUCCUGUGUCCCGCUGCAUGGAUUGAACACGAUAUCAUCAUCACCCUAAGGGGCGCAAGAUUGAUGUGAAUCUCGUGAUUCAUUCUGGCAUUUUCGUUCUGGCAUUUUCGUUCUGGCCGGAGAGAACCUAUUCUUGGCUGGCGACACGCCACCCUUUUUUAAUCUUGAUUUUGCAUUCGAUAAUAGUGUCACGCGAUGCGGAAGAGCAAACAAAGCCGGCGACUCGAACCUUGCGGUACCUGUCGUGAUCUAAUCAUGAGCCAAUCCACUCUAAUGUUAGCGUUUUAUCCACUAUUCCUGUCUCAAAUGUUGUGCGCUUAUUUUAGUCCAACAAGUUAUCACCCUGGUCUUACGGUGAAAGUCCAAUCUCAAUAAGUAG